AUGCUUUUGGGAGGCCCGGGCGUGGCAGCUUCUCUCCUCCUGGGAACUCUGUUGAUCAGCCUGUUCCUCAUCCUCACUGUGGCCUCCUUUUUCUACCUCAAACGCUCCGACCGGCUGCCGGGCAUUUUCUAUCGCCGCAACAAGGCCUUCAUAUUUCAACCAAGUGAGACAGUGGUCAUGAUUCCAUCCUCAUCGGUGAGGAAGCCGAGGUACGUGAGAAGGGAGCGGCCCUCUGCUACAUCAGGACUGAACAGUGCCACAAUACCAACAUCAGCUACGACUCAGGUGUAUAAUGCGUAGGAAGAGGAGUGACCGAUUGCUGCAGAUUAAAGAGUAUGUGAAGCGUCACAAUGGAUGAUUUUGAUCACAGCAUUCACAUUGCUGAGAACGACUGGAGCAGCUUCUAUGAUGAGAGUGAGGAAUGUGACCUGCUGCAGCCGUCGCUUGCCUGUCUUGAUGACUCUGAUCUCAGCGAUUCAGGCGAUCCAGACCAACAGGCGGCACAGAGGAGACCUGAUGCAAACAGCUGUACAAAAUUACCAGAGCAACUAAAUCAAAGUGGUACCCAAGGAUCAGAGGAGGAUGCUGCAAUAAGCACUAAACACGGGGAAAUACGUGCCCACGGUCCUGGAGAAAACACCACCUCCAAGGAGGUGGGGCAGAAAAACAUGGAACAAGAAACAGCUGAGGAGGCAAGGGGCAACACAAACGCACUGCAAAAAGAACCACAACAUGAUCCCAGCUCAGAUGAGACAAAAACACUGACAGAAGAUGGAGGGGUGCAAAGUGUGAGUGACUUCGGAUCCGCCAAGGAUCCUGGCCUACUUUACAACCAAACAGAGCUGAGUGUGAGUGAGCCAGACACCAUGAAGACAGCAGAGAAGGAGCGCUGGUUUGUGACUGUCAAUGAGAAUCUGGCACGAAGGCGAGGGCGUUCUACCACUGGGGGGAAAAAAGCCCAUGAGGGAGGCCUUACUGGCAUCCUCAGCAGGCCAAAGAGCUCAGAUGGUGCAAAAAUAAAUGAGAAACAAGAAUCUGAGAAAAAAAGAAAAAUCCAAUCCAAUCUAAGUAUAGAGUCAGGAAAGACUCCGAGUGAUGACAUGACGGUUGAUCUGGUCCACACAGUGAAAUCUUUCAAUCAGGUGCUUGAAGAUGAUGCUGAGUCUUUACCUGUUCACAGUUCUGAUUCUGAGGGCUGUGCUGAACCAGAGCAGGAAGCUCAGCAUACUCUUCAAGAAAACCUCCACUUCCAUUGCUCAUUAUCUCUAACAUGUGACGGCGUGACUGAGAACACUGGAAGGAACCGGGCCCACAGCAGACAGAUGUCUUCACAGUCUACGGCAGCUGCAAACUAUGAGCGUUAUGAAAGAACCACUGCCGAGCCGUCUGUCACAUCUCCACCAUGCCAAAAAGCUGCAGAAAUGCCAGAUGUGAACUCCCCAUGUGAAAAUGACACACACGCAGAAACAUCUGAGCCUCUUAAGGGCUCAGCAUCUGCUUCCUCCC